AUGAGCGCUCCCGCGAUUCGCCACGGCGGCCCAUCAGGGCGUCUCCCGACACGACAGGGGCACCACUUUAUGCUUACGGCGGAGCCUCCAGGGCGGCCAUUUGCCACUUCUGCAACUACCCCAAAUGUCCCUAAAACGACCCUGCCGUCGUACCCCGGCAUGCACCGCUUGUACUCGCGACCCUUUCGAGGCGAGCCGCAAUUUUUAGGUGUCUCCUCCUCUUCCCACAUCUUGCCGUCCACGUUGCAUGGCCAGGAGGAUCGGCGGUGGAACUCGAUGCGGUCACAUUCUCACCGUCCACCGUUGCUGAGCUUGCGAGGAAGACCGCCGCAGCUGCAACCGCUUUUGGCCCCAAGCGCGCCGGCAAUCGGUUUCGCUCGUCAGGCCUCGUCCACUAGCGAAAUGCAGAUGCCAAGAACGUCAGAGCACCAGUCUCCAAUCCCGUUGCGCAACUUUGGCAACACGUGCUACAUGAAUGCAACCAUACAAUGUAUCCUGCAUUCUCCGUGGCUUUUCUCAAGUUUAGCAGAGGCAAAUGCAUGGUCAAAGCGGCGUCUGGCGACUUCGGCUCUGUUGGAGUUGGGCGCGGCAAGGGUUGAUGCCCCCGGGCAGCUGCUUCUCACCGUCAAGGGCGAGGCGGCAAAAUUCAACGCGGAGUUUCAGGACAAUGGCCAGUCGGAUGCUCAUGAAUUUCUUCGGACAUUUCUCUUUGUAGUGCACAGUGAAAUAAACACCAGUGGUGGGCAUAAUACACCGUAUGAGGAGCUCAAGGAGGUCGAAAAUGAAAGCGAAGAAGAGGCCAUGCGACGCUGGCAAGAGCACUAUCUUCGUGUUGACAAUUCCAUCAUAUAUGAUUUGUUUGGUGGUGUGAUGCGCUCAAGAUGCGUCUGCUCCUCCUGUGGCAAGGUAUCCCUGACAUUUGACCCAUUCCUCGACCUCUCACUUCCGAUGAUUCCCGGUGCGAGGAAGGCCGCAACAAUUGAGUCCAUGCUGAAGAUUAGCUUUGAUGAGGCGGAAGAGAAAUUGCGUGGGGGCAAUCAGUUGCUUUGCGCGCGUUGUAGACGACUGCGAAACGGGACACGCAGCGUAAAAAUCAUACGGUGGCCCAAAAUUUUAGUGUUGCAUUUAAAGAGAUUUGACGACACAGGGAAAAAGAACUCAGAACCCGUCGUGUUUCCGGAGUCUUUCAUGACGCACGACAACAGUCCAAUGCAAUACCAAUUGUACGGUGUUGUCUGUCACAGCGGAUCGGAAAACUGGGGGCACUACACUAGUUACGUGCGCACGUUGUCAGGACGCUGGUAUCACUGCAACGACGCAGUAAUUAGUUUGUCAACUGUCACUGAGGCUAUGCAGGCAUUGACAACAGCGUAUAUUUUAUUUUAUUCUGUAAAGUAG